AUGCGCGGCCUGGCGCAGGCCCUCCUGCUCGCGCCGGUCCUCGUGGGAGCCGCUCCAUCCAAGAUUGGCAUGGAAAAGGUCAACGAUGCCUCGCCAUCAACUUUCAUCACCUUUGACAUCCCCCCUGGCUUUAACGAGGACCAGCCUAAACCCUACACCCUCCACCUGGAAGUCCUCGAGGCGCCCUCCCCCUGUGCCUACCCAAACAUCAAAGUAAACGACAACGCCCUCUCCCAGGGUGGCCACACCCUCGGCCGCGGCACCUUUGCCGGCGACCACGAUGGCUCAACCUUCAUCGCCUCCUGGUCUGCCACCUGCGCCGGCGAAGAGCAGCUCCUCCGCUUCACCCUCGAGUCCCUCUCCGGCCGCACCCUCGCCUCGGACCUCGCCUUUGUCGCCCGCUUCCGCCAGACUGCCCCCGCCGCCAUCAUCGAGGUCGCCGGCAACGUGAGGACCUCAGACGCCCAUCCACCUCCGUCCUCGGUCACCCUCCCCGAGUUUGGCGCCCACAAACCCCGGCCCGGCGACGACGAGGACGGCCUCCUCGAGGACCCACCUUUCCCGCCGCCGCCGCACCACCGCGUCGGCAACCACCCGGAUAACCACCCCGGCGAGCAGCAGCAGCGACCCCCUCACCACCGCCCUGGUCACGACAACGAGGGGGGCCGCCAUCACCGCCCCGAGCACCCCAAGCUAGACGAAAAGGUCCUCGCCGAGCUCGACGACCUCGAGUGCCUCCGCCACCAGCUGCGCGCUCUCAAGCACGUAAUCCACAAGAAGGAAUCCCGCCUCGCCCAGGACCACGGCAUCUUCCCGCCCAGCCACCGCGGCUUCCGCUCCUGCAACUCGUUGAAAUGCGUCAUCGAUACCCUCAUGCACCGCGUCCGCGGCGGCGGCGGCGGCGGCUUCCACGGCAAGGGCCGUCACCCCGGAGGCAGAAGAGAAGGCCACCACCACGGCCGUCGUCCCCACGGUCCUCCCCCCUCGUGCCCCGGCUUCCCCUUCCCCCAUCACGGCAACCACGAAAAGGGAAACCACACCGCACCGCCUCCUCCGGGGUUCUGCCACUGCGGGCCGCCGCCUCGCGAGGGACCUCCGGAUGGGCCCCCCGAGGGACCCCCUGAGCCACCCAGAAGACCUCACCACGGCCCUCCUACCCCGCCGUUCGACGAGCCUCCUCAUGGAUCUCCUCACGGCCACCACGGACCCCCGCCACCUCCUCCCUUUGACGGUCCUCACGACCAUCACGGCCCGCCUCCUCCGUUUGAUGGACCCGGAUUCCACGGCCACCACGGCGGACCUCCCGGUCCCCCAGGUCUUCCUCCUCUGGGACCCCCUCACGACUUUGAGCACGAAAACCCCCUCGAUCACGAAGGCCCCGACCACCGCGGCCCUCACGGCCACCACGGCCCCCCGGGUUUCCCUCCACCAGGACCUCACCACAGAGGCCCUCACCACAGAGGUCCUCACAGACGUCCCCCCCACCGCCUCCCCCUCCCCGCCAAAAUCUCCAUCGCAGUCCUCCUCUUCGUCGGAAUCCUAGCCCUCCUCCGCUUCGGCGUCCUCUCCCGUUCUUCUGCCCGCCGCCAUAGCAGCCGCGCCGAACGUCGCGAACGCAAGCACGCCCGCCGCGCCCUCCGUCGCGACCACCGCGAGGCCCGCAAGGAGGCCCGCCAAGCCACCCUGACGGAUUUCUGGUCCCGCAUGUUCGUCACCGCCCGCGCGGGCAGCGGAGAGGACGAGGAGAAGCAGGCCUUUAUCGACGGCCGCCCGUCGAUCUCCUCUGAAUCGGAGAGAGAUUUCGAGACAAUGGAGAGCAUGACGGACGAAAUCACAGAGUUUAGAAACGCUGCUAUGUUGGUGUCCGAGAUGGUUGCCGCUGAGGAGCGGAGGCAGAGGAUGAGGGAGCAGGAGCAGCAACAAGAACAACAGCAGCAGCCACAGCAGAUGCAUUGCCAGCACCAGCACCUGAUGCCAAACCACUUCCAGCGUCCCGCCAUCAUCAACCCUCCCAGCCCGACGACUGCCUUUGCCGAGUACAUGGGCGACGACGUCCUCCCCGCCUACGACGAGCACACUGCGCCCUCCGUCAUCGUCUCGGACGGCUUCAGCAGUUACUCGCCCGGCUCGAGCGAGUACGUGCCCAGCGCGCCGUCGGAUACGGCUUCUACUAUUGACGACGUCUUGGGAGAGACCAAGAAUUAA